GGUCAUCACCAAAAGUUGGAGUCUUAAUGGCGGACCUCCGGCGAAUCCGCUCCGCUCUCUAGAUUCUCUCUGGUUUCGCUGCGGCUCUAGUUGCACGCCUUUAUGAAGAAUGAGUCUGAUGAAUUAUCGAAAGCUGUCAAGUUGCAUUCGAUAACAAGGAGGUUGGUUGGCGCUUACGUGACCGAGCAACAUGGCAGCCGUCAUAGCCGUCACGACCGUUUGCGUAUAACACAGCUGGUGGUGUGAGUGCUUCUAUGAUCGAGAAACACGAGCGAUGGGUCUCCGGGAUCGUUGAAAUCGACCAUUAGCGAACGUGUGACAGAUGAUGAGGCGGUCGCGCGUUCUACGUUUCAAUACACUGUGAUCUUCAUCGGCGUGAGGAUCGGCAGACACGAGCCCGGGUGUACGUGCACUACAUUCAAAUCGUGUGCUACAAGGGUUGACAGGUGGUAGUGGUGGUGGUGCGUGCGUGCGUGCGUGUCAUCGCUAUCAUCUCGCGUGCUGAUUUUAAUACGGCCGCAUUUACAUCAUGUUCGCCACCCUGAAGAACAAGAUACGCGAGGAGAUCGGCAGCGACGUGUCCACUGUCGUUAGAAAUGCCGGUAGCAUACGCGCCAUCAAUUCCAAACAUGUGUCUCAGACAGGCUCUACAAGUAGUAUUAGUGGUUCCCAGGUAUCAUUGGAUGGAUCCAGAGAAGAAAAUGCAGCGUCUCCCUCACCACCAAUUUCACUAAGAAGAGAAAAUAGUUUCGAACUUAAGCUCAAUGAUGGAAUGCAACUGUCAGCAAAGGAUAUAAAAAGGUUUGAGAAUAGAGAGGAUGAAUGGAGGAAGCGUUUAGCAAAGAAAGAGGCUGAAAUGUUGAAGCGAAUGGAAAAAAAGGAGGAAGAAUGGAAAGUGAAGUUUCUUGAAAAGGAAAAAGAAUGGAAGAAAAUUGUGGAAAGACAGGAGAAGGAAAAACGAAAAUUAGAAGAAGAAAUAAGAAAAAUAGAAAUCACAAAACAGUCUUUAGAACAUGCUCUCAAAGAUGCAGAAGAGUAUAAAAAGAAAUUGUACAGCUUUCAAGAAGAUGCAGAACAACUGGAAGGUUUUCAAACACAAGAGAUGGCUAAAAUUAAACAUCUUUUAUUAGCAAAGGAGCAGGAAGCAGAUGAAAAAUCACAUCACUUGAAAACUGCUACAUCAGAAAUUGAAAGCCUGAAGACUGAAGUUUCCCGUCUGAGACGAUACGAGGACGAAUUGAAUAAUGUGCAAGACGAGAUGGAGACGAUGCGUCAUUCGACUCAGCGAGAAAGAGCGCAACUCUCUUGUCAGCUGGCGCAGACGGAAGAGGAGGUUCGUCACCUAAAGGACAAAGUGUUUGUGUUGGAACAGAGAAUCGCUCUGGAGACGAACGAUCAGGUGACGGUCGACGAAAGGAUAGCCGAUCUGAUGCGCGAGCGAACGUUGCUGGAGAGAAAGCUUGAGGAAGCGCACCUACAUCUGUCCGACAUAAAGACCAGUUGGUCUGGCAAGAUCUCCAGUCUGGAGACGCAAGUUGGCAGGCUGAGUAGACAGGCCGGCGAGGAAGGGCUGGAGCGUAGACGAGUCGAACAAGAGAAGGAAAAGCUGAAACAGAGAAUCAAGCAGCUAGAGGCCGAGAUAGAGGUGAACAAUGUUGUCAUGGCGACGAAAGACGCCAAGCUUUUGCGCAUGACAGAGGACAUCGACGAGAUGGCCACGGAACUGAAAGAGCUCCGUGCCAGCGUCGAUGACGAGGUGGAAGAGUUUAAGCGGCAAAUUGAAUCCUCUUCGAAGCAGAUCAGCCAGCUAAAAACAGACCUCAAGGAUGCGACGAGUAAACUCACCGCAGUCACCGACGAGUUGUCGAGUCUUCAAUCGUCCUUAGAGGAAGAAUGUUCGAGUAAUUCCUCGUUGCGCACGGAACUAACUCGUCUGCGGGAGACUCUCCAGUCCGAGAGAACAACGAUGACGGAGCUGCGUGUUUUCCUUGAGAAAGAGAGAAGCGAAAAAGACGUUGCAUUACUGAGAAAUGCCCAGAUGUCGCAGGACAUGGAGAUUGUGAGACAGGAGAAUCGGCAGCAGGAGGUUGAAAACACGGAACUGCAGAGUAGAAUCGAGCAUCUCGAAGAAGAUUUGAUCGGGAAGACGAAGGAGGCAGAGCAAGCGGCGGUCACGUUGAAGGAACUUGAGCGAAGAGUAGCGGAACUAGAGGAGGUGGAACGCGGCAGAGAGAAGUUGGAGAGUAAUGAAAGAAUACUCAAGAGCAGCUUGUUAGAUCUGGAAGAGCAAUUGAGCGACAAGAAUAAGACAAUCAAAGUUUUGCAGCAACGAUUAGCCGACAUGAAGAAGACGCUCCAACGUGAGCUGAGGAUUCCAACCUCGUCAUUGGACAGCGACGUUGAGGCUUCCGCGGCGAUUCUGAAUCCGAGUUCAUCCAAAACCGUCACUGCCAGACAUAAUAAUUCCAGGGAAGACGACGUUAAUUUUAAAUACCUCAAGCAUGUUCUCAUUAAGUUUCUCACCAGCAGAGAGUACGAGGCUCUCCAUUUGACAAGGGCGGUGGCGACAUUGUUGCACUUCUCGCCAGAAGAAGAACGCCUACUACAAGAAACUCUGGAAUGGAAAAUGUCAUGGUUCGGCACGAGGCCUAAUUUAGGAUUCGGACAAACCGCCAAGGCGAUACCGCCCAGCUGAUAAUUGCAAGAUACCCCAUAUUCGAUGAGCAGUGUCAGAGCGAGCGUGAACUCUUGUCUGAGGUUCGGUUGGUUCGCAUACAGAGGCAACUACGACUGAUUCCAAAGGGCAUAAAAAAAGACAGAAAUAAGAAGCACUAUUAGAAGAAUUAUUUAUAAAGUUAUAAAUGGUGAGAGAUUUUUCGAACUCUAAUGCGCAUUUUAGCAUUUGCGCUAGCACGGCAGACAAAUUGCGACAUGCUCAAAGCUACUUAAUCGCGACAGAGAAUGACUUUGUGAGACAUUGUGCGACAUUUCUCGAGCGUAUCACAGGAUAUGCGAGACCGUCGACUCAUUUCGAGGACUCGUCAUAUCAUGUGUGUACUGAUUUAAUGCGCCGAAAUAAUUUCGAAACACUUAAAUGAAGCAUUCGCGUGUGAUGGUAUUGUGAUACCCGAUGUCUUUGUUAGUGGCACGUUUGUGCCACUUGGUGCACAUGCAGUUUUGAUAUGCGAACGUCGUAAUUUGUAACGCGCUAUGUCUUUGUCGAAAUGAAAUGUCUUACUGCAAUAUCGAGCACAAUACAACGACGAUGUAAGCUUGAUCGUCCGCGUUACCUUUACAAUCAGCGGACAAGCAGUUCGUGCAAUAGACAAAUUUAAUACACAGCCAUAUGUUUGUAUCAAUAAAAGCAUUCCUGGCGAUUAACAAAUUCA